AAAGUGAAAGACUAACAAACAAAGCUCCACAAUUUUCGGAAAACCAUGAACAACCACUCAAAUAAACAAUAUAAAAAGGACCUUGGCAUUCGGAUUCGUCCUCCAGAAAGUGAACUACCAUUUCCCGAUAUUAAAAAACCCCAACCAAUUGGUUUCUACAGCAUAAAUGCUAAUCGUGACUUCGAGCCCAAUGAUCAACAAUUGCGGUAUUUCAAACUGCCCAAUGUGAAAAAGUUGCCUCUGGAUCUAAAUGCUGGUUUAGAUGUAGCCAUCAAAAAACCAGAGUCAGCCAGCGAUGAAACCUUAGACAGUCUAUUGAAAUUUAUUUAUGAUCAUAAUCAAAGAAUAUUUGGCCAUGGAAGUACAGCGCCACCGCCGGAGUUUGUGACAUGGCGUGGUAUCUUGCGGCUUAUAAUGUGUACACCGUAUGAAUAUCGCCAGGACUGGUGUUUGCAUGUGACACGUUUCAAUAACACGUUUUAUUUGUUAAAAAGAGAAACUGCCCAAGAUAAACAUCGUCGCAGCCAGGAAACCGAACAGCAGAAAACGUUCAUGGCUUAUGGUUUUAAAUUUGAACAAUAUUGUUUAUCUGAAACACCGUUCAAUGAACCGGACACUUCAGCGCCGGUCAAUGAAAGCGAAGAAUUUUCGUUGGUCUUUCAAACUCGUUUAGCUGGUCUAAGUCUUUUGUAUGGUGCCGAAAUGGAUGGUAUUGUUAGCGAUCAACCAGUACAACUCAACUACGAUAGACCCAGUAAUUUAGAUUCUUUAAAAUAUGUUGAACUUAAGGUGCGCCAGGGUAAUUUAAAUUCAUUUCAAUACAAAUCAUUUUUACGUCACAAAACACGCAAUUGGUGGUGUCAGUCCUUUUUAGUGGGUGUUCAAGACUUAUAUGUAGGCAUGAGAAAUGAAAAGGGUUUCGUACAGGAUAUUGAGCGUAUGGAAAUGAGAUCGCUGCCAAAAUUAGGAGGGCAAACACAUUGGGCACCUUGGGUCUGUGCAAAUUUCUUACUACAAUUCCUCUUACGAUUACGCUCGAUAAUGGCUAAUGAGAAUUGUCCACAUACGGUGUAUGAAUUUUAUUUUAAUGCCGAAUCUGGACGCAUUACAUAUGAAUGCUUGCGAGGCAAAACACCUCAUUCCUUUUUACCCGAUUGGUAUAUUAAUUUAAUAAAUCGUCUAACAAAAAAUUCAAAUUUACAUUAUUAAUAAUUAUAGGCUAAUUAACCAGAUUUAUGAAACCACAUAACUUAUGUUUGAAAUUGAGAAUAUUUCGCUGACAAUUAUUGAAAUACAUGCUAAAAGAAAUGGAUGGAAAAAAUACAUAAACAAAUUAAACAA